AUGGCACACAUCAACAUCACCAGCCAUGUGCAUCUGGGUGGGGAUGAGGUUCUUCAUCAGCUAGGACAGCAGCACAAGCUAACCAAAAAGGUCUUCUACCAAAGAGGAGUUGUCCUAAGGGUACUGGCCUUGCCAGUGCUGUGCUGGGUGAGGCGAAGAAGGGAAAGAAAGGGCUUAGAAAUCAACGGUCGUGCCAGGUAGCCCAGGAAAGAGCCACAGCCUGAAGACGUAGCAUCACUUGUUUUUGCCUGGCAUUCAUGUCCCUCUCAGGUGGAGGGAGGACCCACGAUGGCUGCUGCUCAUGAUUUGGAGAUGGAGAAUGUGAAUCUGAAUAUGGAGAGAGAAAGGAAAGAAGAGCUGGAGGAAGAGCUGAAAAUGAGAGAGGAUGGGGAAGGUAAAGAUCCCCCCAAGAGUAGAAAGGUCCACAGGGUUGUCUCCAAAUGGAUGCUUCCUGAAAAGGUCCGAAGAACAUACUUGGAGAGAGCUAACUGCCUCCCGCCCCCCGUGUUCAUCAUUUCCAUCAGCCUGGCAGAGCUGGCAGUGUUUAUUUACUAUGCUGUGUGGAAGCCUCAGAAACAGUGGAUCACCUUGGACACUGGCAUCUUGGAGAGUCCCUUUAUCUACAGUCCAGAGAAGAGGGAGGAAGCCUGGAGGUUUAUCUCAUACAUGCUGGUACAUGCUGGAGUUCAGCACAUCGUGGGGAAUCUGUUUAUGCAGCUCGUUUUGGGUAUUCCCUUGGAAAUGGUCCACAAAGGCCUCCGAGUGGGGCUGGUGUACCUGGCAGGAGUGAUUGCAGGAUCCCUUGCCAGCUCUGUCUUUGACCCACUCAAAUAUCUUGUGGGUGCUUCAGGAGGAGUCUAUGCUCUGAUGGGAGGCUAUUUUAUGAAUGUUCUAGUGAAUUUUCGAGAAAUGAUUCCUGCGUUUGGAAUUGUGAGACUACUGGUCAUCAUCCUUAUAAUUGUGUCGGACAUGGGAUUUGCUCUCUACAGAAGGUUCUUUGUCCCUGCAAAUGGGUCUCCGGUGUCUUUUGCAGCUCACAUUGCAGGUGGAUUUGCUGGAAUGUCCAUAGGUUACACUGUGUUUAGCUGCUUUGACAAGGCACUGCUGAGAGAUCCAAGGUUUUGGAUAGCAAUUGCUGCUUAUUUAGCAUGUGUCGUAUUUGCUGUGUUUUUCAACAUUUUCCUAUCCCCAGCAAACUGA